AUGGGCGAGAAUCGGAGCGUGCAGUUUAGGGCUCCUUCUGACCUUGGCCGCAAUGGGAGGGAUGAGACCGAGAUGCCCGACAGCAGGACUGUCAGUUUUCGGCCUGCAAGCCUCAUCGAGUUUGACAACAUCUCGCCUGUGUCAGAUGAGGCACAGCCUGAGGCUGUGGUGUCACGAAGAGGACUUCCCUUGAAAUCGGUGCGAGAUCGGCAACAAACUGGGUGGGUGGACUCGGCCCGUGUCUCUAGCGAGGAUCGGUGCGUGAGAUUCAAGGAUGCCUCGCCAGACUCUACUUUGCCCAGCACCCACAGGACAGCUGAAGGGCAGUCAAGUGGGCAUCCGGAAAUGGAUACGUCGGCUAGAGCAUCGGAGGCCACCCGAAGUCGAGGGGGCUCUGAUCCAGAUGAUCCGCCCAGCGAUGCAGAGACGGUGUCCAGUGCUUCGUCCAGGAACCCACGUUCCCGGAUGAGCACACCCUUUAUGUCAGCCGUGGAUUGGGGGUACGACGUGAGCGUUCCCUCUGCGCAGGCCAGCGCCACCCCAGAGAGCCUUUCGAGCAGCUCUGGCAGACGGCGAAGGUCAAAGCCAUCCACGUUGGAGCCAUGCUCUUCCUCGACGGACCGGAAUUUGGUGAAGCAGGUCAGCAUUGAAUCGAGCAUCGAGCGCGAGAUCUCGGAACGUGUGAAGCUGAAUGCCCAGCGUCAAGCGAGAGAGGAGCGCCUGGUUCGUGUUGGCAGCACCGAUGCAAAUGUGCCCUUGGCGUUGGAGCGCUGCUCUUCCGCAGAUGGCGGGAACCCGGAAGCAGACCUCGCACACCACAUCGUAGAAGAUGCCGUGAAAGACACUGAGCUGCUCCGCAACACUUUGCGCAACCUUGUUUUCUUCGAGACCUUUGAUGACUCGGCCCUACACGGGCUUAUCGAGGCCAUGGAGGUUUAUGAAUUUCAACAUGGCGAGAAGGUGGUGCGUCAAGGUGACACUGACGGUACCCACUUCUUUGUGGUUGCGCAGGGUGAGUUUUGCGUCCUGAAGGAUGGAGUGGCCCAUUGUUACAUUGGGCCAGGGACUUCUUUUGGGGAGAGUGUGCUCCUUCUCUUCGGGGAGCGCAGUGCCACGGCUCCUUGUCAAAAGUGCUCGCGCGUAUGGAAUGGAGGGCAUGCAAGUCAGAGAGCUUCUUAG